AUGAAAUUCUGGCCAGCCUGUAUCCUCCUCUUUUUCUCCUCCCUAAUAAAACCAACACUCUGCUGUUAUACUCAACACACUGCUGUCGUACUCAAGUGUAUCACUCGUGCGGUGUUCUCCGAAGUCCUAUUUUUAGGCACCUCUUCUGGUCCCGCCAUAAAUGCUAAGUAUCUGCAAGUCGUCACUCAAGCCUUAAGGCUUGACCAGAUAAAUGACGGGGAACUUCUUUUUUUGUCGCUGUCAGUUUCCGAUAGAUGCGUCUAUCUACUCUGGGGAAGCUUAGGCAAUUACUUUUCCCUAUUUUUUUUGAGUGUCCUGUAUGGAGCUACUGCAAUCUCAUACGCCGUGAUUCUCGCUGAGUUUAUUAUCUGUGUCCUAUCCAAAAGGAGCAACAAGAAAAGUUUAACCGUGGGUUAA